AUGUUUAUUGGGUGGCGGAAACUCAUGCAUGCCAAAAACCCAGACCUCUAUCAAGCACACUUCCAAUCACUUCUGGUUGAUCUGAAGGACACGUGGGCGGAUUUACCUGCCAUUACUAGUGAUAUCCCAUUCCCGUUCAACUUUUUGGAAGCUGAUUUUGAGCAGAUCAAACUGGAUAGUGAUGGUGCAGUGGCCGGAACCAAGCUUGUUACAGAGGUUAAGGAGAGAAUGGGUGAUUUAUGGCCAGAUAAAGGCUUCAUUAAGCAUAAGUGA